AUGCUUCCAGCAAAACUUCACGUCUCUCCGCUGCGAAUUGUCUCAAUUUGCGCGUGUAUUUUUGUUCUUUUCUACAUCUACGGCCAACUCGGAGCUGGCAUCUUGGAUGUGGCAUCGCCGCCUCAACGCUAUGCCGGUGUCCCGGCGAGCCCGCCCGAAAAAGCCCCAGAGCUUCCGCUCGAGCUAGUGGUGGCCAGUAUGAAGUAUGAGAACACCACCUGGUUUCACGAAUACCUACCGGACUGGCCCGCGAGCAUCUACGUGGUCGACGACCCUGAUGCUCCCCUCACGGUCCCCAAGAAUAAAGGGCAUGAGGCCAUGGUCUAUCUCACACACCUCAUCGAUCGCUACGACACUCUUGCCUCCACCACCGUCUUUGUCCAUGCGCAACGUUUUGCCUGGCACAACGACGACCCCGACUAUGACGCCCUCGUAACUCUCCGGCACCUGCAAACCCCCUACGUACAAACCUCUGGCUACGUCAAUCUUCGCUGUGUCUGGGUCCUCGGCUGUCCCGCAGAGGUCCGCCCCAAUCUAGACGUCCAUGAUCUCAAGGACCUUUCCGCCUCCGGAGAUGUGGCGCUCAAGGACAUUUUCAAACCCGCCUUCCAGCAGAUCCUCCCGGGGAUUCCUGUCCCCGAAGUCGUUGGCGUAUCUUGCUGCUCCCAGUUCGCCGUUUCCCGUGAAACAGUUCACAACCGAACGCGCGAGGACUACGUCCGGCUUCGUGAGUGGCUGCUGAACACGGAGCUGGACGACAGUCUAUCUGGCAGAGUGUUUGAGUACACGUGGCAUAUCAUCUUUGGGAAGGCAGCCGUUCACUGUCCGGAUGCGGGCGAGUGUUAUUGCAAGGUGUUUGGGCUGUGUGGGCUCGAGGGGUGCAAAAAGGAUGGGUGCGAUGGGAGAUAUACGCUGCCGAGGGUCGCGACGCUUCCGAGCGGGUGGCCGAGGCUGGGGUGGGAGGGGGAGAAUAGGGGGUAUCGGGGUCCGCCCGUUUGAUUCCGGAGAUAAUGCGAGAUUGUUACUCGUGGGUGGUGGUCCAGGAAUUGAGUUUCCUGCAGCGGCCUGCGGAAGUCCGAAUUACUAUUCAAGUUGCGACCGAUGAAAGAAGCGGACUUGAACAGUCCAGCGGGCACUCUCAUGGCCGGUGCUGAAUGCAUUAAGGUACAGGUACCUUAGGUAUAUGUAUGGCCUUCAUGCCAAAGGAUGAAAAUACCGGAGAAGAGGUGCAGUUGCCGGGCAUCCGCGAG